GUCAUAUUUGGAUGAGGACUGUAUGCUGACAGAUGAGGGCACAGUCUGCAUGGCGGAACAAAUGGUUCUGCUGAUUGCUACGGCUGUCACAGAGUUGAAGAGGCUGUUCUUCAUCGAUAGCAUCAUGGACUCAGUGAAGCUUGUUGUGUUCCUGUAUUUGUUGACUUAUGUGGGGGUCCAAGCCAAUGGUCUCACGCUGGUUAUGACAGGUGUGAUAUGUGCUUUCUCUCUGCCACUCUUAUACAGACUUCAACAG